AUGAGAGACUCGGUAGGAGCUAAAGACCCAAGGUUCACUGAAGCAGCCUUGCGGUACUCUUACGUGCGACCUCCUGAUGGAGUCUGGGGAGUUAGACUCAGUAAUGGUUCUUGGACUGGCAUGAUGGGCAUGGUGGUCAGGGAGGAAGUUAGUAUCGGUGCUGGACCUUUUAUGCUUGAUAGAUGGCGAGCCGAGGCGGUGGACUAUACUGUACCAAUGUUAUUAGAUUACUGGAGAUACUUGGCGGGUCGAGGUCUUCCAAAGGUGGACCCCUGGGGCUUCUUGUUCCCCCUGGCACCGCUGGUGUGGGCGACCAUCCUCGGGAUGUUUGUGAUGCUUGCUGCUGUAGUGUUCCUCAUGUAUUCCUGCGGCUUUCUCAAGGGUGAUGACCACAACUACUGGUUACAUGUCACCUUCGGCUACAUUAGAAUAUUAUUACAACAAGAUACGACGUUGCCUAUUUACUGGUUGUGGGAGCGGGUGGUGUUGAUGGUGUGGAUGAUGGUGACACUGGUGUUAACACGGAGUUACUCUGGCAACCUCAUGGCUCUCCUAGCAGUGAGACACAUCCCUCAACCUUACAAAACUCUACGUGACGUGGUAGAUGAUCCAUCUGUUACGGUGAUAUGGGAAAAAGACUCUGCAACAGUCCCUUUUCUAAAAACAGCGAAGUCGGGUAUAUACCGGGAGAUAGCUGAUGCAGAGAAAAUUGGUCGACUCAUAUACCUACCACAUCGACAGUACCCAGAAACUAUAGACACAUUGGUACGACGGGGCGACCACGUCAUUACCGGUGAUCAUAAUGGUUUUAAGUCUACUAUUGCUCAAGACUUCACGAAAACAGGAAAAUGUUCAUUUUACGAGUCCAAAGAAGAAUUUAUGCAGGUAAUACUGUCAAUGGUUAGUCAACAGGACAGCCCACUUGUGCCAGCUUUAAAUAAGAGAAUGAUGUCGAUGACAGAGGCUGGGUUGUUCUUCCAGUGGUUGAUAGCUGAAGAACCCAACUCCACUGUGUGUGAUCAUGUUCCCACUAAGAUCACUGUCAAUGAAGCACUCUCUCUCAGUAAUCUUUGGGGAAUGUUUGUUAUCUUCCUGGUGGGUCAUCUUACCAGUCUGUCUGUAUUCUGCCUCGAGCUUCUCAUUCUUUGCAUUCAACAAAUUUAG